AUGAACAUUGUAAAGGGUGUAGCUGAUCUUAUUCGGAGGACGUCCACUGGCCAGAGUGCAGAGUCAGGUUUAGGGUUACAUUCGGAGAGGUUUUUUCCUCCGACUCCCAAAAUCCGCUUCAGUGAGGUUGGUGAUGAGGCAAUUCUAAAUACUCUUUGGGGAAGAUAUGAGAAUGCCCUUGAUAAGGCAGAAAAGAAAAAACUAUUUCAUAUUUUUCUCAAGCAAUUUCUAAUUAUAUACAAAAAUUGGGAGCCGGUUGAUCUGGGCCAAUCUCCAGAGGUUGUUUCUUCUGCUGCACCGCCUGCGGAGUAUUCACAACGUUUUGAUGAUGUGGUGCUUGGAUGUCAUGCUGGUCAUCCUGCUGAAAUUAUACUGGCAUUAACUGAAGAAGUUAAAAACAUAACAGCUUCGGUCACUGAAUUAAAGGUCAGCUCUCUGCAACCAACCGCAGACCAAUUAGGGACUUCCAUGGGCUUGGCUAUCACAUCUGAAGGGUUGCCUGUCUUGGAUGCUUUGAGCAUUGUAACUCGGUCUAUACAUAAUUGCAGAGUUCUUGGUCACUAUGGUGGGAUUCAAAAGCUUGCUGCAUUACUGAAAGCGGCUGUAGUCCAACUCAAAACUAUCACCUGUGCACUUUCUGCUGACGAAAGUUUGUCAAACUCUGUUGCGGAGAAGAGUGGAAUUUUGCAACGUAUGCUUGUACAUGUGGUGUUAACAAUAAGUAGCUUCAUUAAUUUACGGUCAGAUGUAUAUGAAAAGUCACAGUUGUAUGGCAACAGCUUGGAAUUUUCCGUUCCAAUGGGUAGUGUGACUUCACGUGAACCUUCUAGUGGUACAAAGGCUCCUCAUUCUGAAACAAGAUUAUGUUGGCAUCAGAAAGCGGUUGUGCUGGUGAUGGAAGCUGGUGGCCUUAAUUGGUUAGUAGAACUGCUGCGCGUGAUGAGAAGGCUGAAUAUGAAAGAACAAUGGACUGAUAUAUUACUGCCGUAUUUGAGCUUGAGAACUCUCCUAUCAGCAUUAGCUGAUAAUCCGCGUGGUCAAAAUCAUUUUCGAAGUAUUGGGGGACUUGAAGUCCUGCUGGAUGGACUUGGAGUUUCACCAAAUAAAGCUUUAGGACCAAAGAAUUUUUCCUGCUCUGAUAAAGAAAGAGAUGAAGAUCCUUUGUUGGGCAUUUUCCAGCUCCAUGUUCUUUCUUUGGAGGUUCUCAGGGAGGCUGUCUUCGGGAAUUUGAACAAUUUACAGUUUCUAUGUGAGAAUGGAAGAGUACAUAAAUUCGCAAAUAGCUUUUGUUCACCUGCAUUCAUUCUUCAAGAAUACAAGCAGAAGGGCACUAACUUGUCCAUGCAGGAUGAUUCUAAAAUGUUUCUUUCAGACACUCGAGAUAUUACCAGUAUAGACAUUCAUGAUACCGAGACUUCUGGUCCAUUUUCAUAUUCUAAAUAUUGGAAAAACCAUGUUGUCAACUUGAGCAGAGUUCUUUCCUCUUUUCUUCUUCCAUCAGAAGAUAUUGAGACUCAUGUCCGACCAUCUGCUGGUAGAAGUGCCUUGCCAGUUUCUUCAGUUUAUGGGGAACUUUCAAUAAAGUGGGUCAUGAGGGUGCUUCAUACUGUUUUUCCCUGCAUUAAGGCUUGUUCGAAUCAAGAUGACCUGCCUAGUCACGUAAGGAUAUUUAUCUACACAUUGCAGCAUUAUGUUCUCUUCACAUUCAGGAAGGUUCUUGUUUUAUUUCCCUCAUUACUUGGUGUAUUUCGGGCUGAGGGAGUAUGGGACUUCGUCUUCUCUGAGAAUUUUUUCUAUUUUGGGUCGGCAUCAGCAGAAUAUUUUGGAGAGUAUUGCACAUAUAGUGAAGUUCCAGGAUUGAAUGUAGGAAACUGUUCUGAUUCUAAUGGUGCUGACAGUCAACUAAUUGCCAAGGAAACAGACAGUCUACAAAUUGAAGUAGUUUCAUUUGUGGAAUUUGCAGCAACUUUAAAUGGUAGUUCACAUAAUGUGCCUGAGUGCUCUGUUCUGUUAGAUGCUCUUGAACAAUGUGCUUGCAAUCCUGAGAUUGUUAGUCUUCUUGCAAAAAGCCUGCUCUGUAUACUACAGCUUUCAGCUGAGAAGACUGUUUCUUCAUUCAAAACACUUGAUGCAGUUCCUCGUGUGCUCAAAGUUGCAUGUAUUCAGGCCCAAGAAUCUAGAAGGCGUGGAAAUAUAAGUUCUUAUGUUGAGAGUAAUAAUUUGCCAGCGGUUCCUCCUCAAAACUAUGAGAAAUCUAACUCACCUGAUACAGCUCAAAGUUGCUACAAAAGCAUGGAAACAUCCGUGGAGCUCUUUGCUGAAUUCUUCUCAGUGACAGAUGAUGCAAAAUAUUUGGUUUUGCAUAGUUCCACUUGUAUUGAUAGUUUAUUUGAUUUAUUUUGGGAAGAAGGUUUGAGAAAUCGUGUGCUUGCUUAUAUUCUUAACUUAAUGAAGAUCAUUCCUUUUUCUGAGGAAGACCAAAAAGCAAAGUUGUAUAUAUGUUCAAACUAUUUAGAAACUUUUACUCAUGUAAAAGAACGGGAGAAAAAGUUUGCAGAAUUGUCAGUUGAUUUAUUGGUGGGGAUGAGGGAUAUGCUCCUAACAGAUCAAUUGUACUAUCAGGCUUUGUUUCGUGAUGGUGAAUGCUUUUUGCAUAUCGUAUCUCUAUUGAAUGGCAAUCCUGAUGAUGCAAAUAGUGAGAAGUUGGUUCUGAAUGUACUUCAAACGUUAACCUUUCUUCUUGCUGGGAAUGAUGCUUCUAAGGCUGCAUUCAGAGCUCUUGUUGGCAAAGGUUAUCAGACACUGCAAAGUUUGCUGUUGGACUUUUGUCAACAGUGGCCAACUGAGGAACUUCUAAAUGCUCUGCUUGAUAUGCUUGUUGAUGGAAAGUUUGAUCUUAAAUCAGGCCCUGUGAUAAAGAAUGAAGAUGUAAUCUUACUUUAUCUGAGAGUUUUGCAGAAGAGCAGUGAUUCAUUGCAGCAUUAUGGACUCGGCGUAUUUCUUCAGCUGCAAAGAGAUUCCAUAUCCAAUCGAGCUUCAUGUGUCAGAGCAGGAAUGCUUAACUUUCUGCUUGAUUGGUUUUCUCAAGAAGAUAAUGAUAGUGUAUUCUUGAAAAUUGGCCAGUUAAUCCAGGUCACGGGUGGACAUAGCAUUUCUGGAAAGGAUAUUCGCAAAAUCUUUGCUUUACUUCGAAGUGAGAAAGUUGGAAAUCGGCAUCAAUCUAGCUCAUUAUUAUUAGCCAGCAUUUUGUCAAUGCUAAAUGAGAAAGGACCAACGGCUUUCUUUGAUCUAAACGGGAGUGAUUCUAUUCUUGAUCUCAGUGAAUCGGGAAUGCUUUCCAGAUUUACUGCACUAUACUCUUUAAAGAGUCCAAUGUCCAUGUCAAUUGUUCUGGAUUGUGGUGGCUUGUUUGAAGGAAAAGCCUUUUUCAUAUUGGAGAACAUGUGGCUUCUGGCAGAAGGGUUUACGGUGAAGGUGCUUGCUUCGUGGGAUGUUUAUAUGGUGGAUUAG